CAACGCCAACCACAAUCGCUGACGUCACCCCGCCUAGUCACACGCGCGUUUCACUAGCCACAAGCAAGGCGCACCACCUCUGCCUACGCCCCACCUACCAACUUGCAGUCUGUCACUCCAGCAUCCAGUUUUCAAGUCAAUCUCUACCUCCCUCCAAGUCCCAAGCCGAGGCCUGCUUCGAAAAAUACCCACUCAGGAGAGUUCUUUCAGAGAAGCAAGAAUGGCGCAGCACUUUCCCGGUCAGCAAGGCGCGCCCGCGUACAACGACCACAUUCUGACGAUUACGGAUCGCACGUGCCCGGAUCCGUAUGUAAUUUGGGACAAGGGGACGUUUUACAUGACGUUUACGGUGGGGGAUCGUGUGGAGGUUUGGGCGGCGGAUAGUUUGUUUGAGUUUGAGAAGAGGGCGCGGAAGGAGUGUGUGUGGCGACCACCACCUGACAAGGAGUACUCUGGCGAUCUCUGGGCUCCCGAAUUGCACUCUCUGCAUGGCCGCUGGUAUGUUUACUUUGCGGCUACGGAUCCGAAACACGGGAACAAGUCUCACCGUAUGUUUGUUGUUGCCGGACCGCCUGCAGAUCAGGAUCCGAUGGACUCGUCGAAGUGGGAGUUUGCGGGGCGGUUGGAAGGCAUGCCGAAGGACCAAUGGGCGAUUGACGGCACGGUAAUUUCGUUGCACGGCGGAUUGUGCUUUGUGUACUCUGGAUGGCCGCUUGGUACGGGGAAUGAUGAGAGCAAGCAAGAGAUCUAUAUCAUCGAGAUGGUUAGUCCGACGCAAUGCCAGGGCCAUCCGGUACGCAUUAGCACUCCAGACAAUCCAUGGGAGUACAGUGGAAAGAGUGGCAUCAAUGAGGGACCUCAAUUCCUUUGCUCUCCUGAUGGCCGGUGGGCUGGAAUCGUCUAUUCGUGUGCAGGAAGCUGGACCCACGAGUACAAAAUGAACAUCCUCCACUUUACCGGCGGCCACCCCCUCUCCCCACAGUCCUGGCACAAAUCCCCGUUCCCCCUCAUCCAAGCCGCUCGCGACGACACCCCGCCUUACGGCCCUGGUCACGGCAACUUUGUCACCGUCAACGGCCCAGGCGGCCAAGAGGUCUGGGGAGUCUUCCAUGCCACAGACGCAAAAACGGGAUGGGACGGCAGAAAAGCGAGGAUCAUGCGUGUAGGGUGGGGUGAGCAUGGACCAUUCAUGGGAAAUGGGUAUUGCGGAAGGUGUUGCAGUGAUGUGGAUCAUUUCUUGCAUGGGUGUGAUGGAGGCGCUUGUGGUGGUAAGGGAAAUUGUGGGGGUAAAGGAGGGCUGACGGAGGCGGGGAGUGGGUUUGGGGGACAAGAAGACUUGAAAAGGGAGGCGAAGGAGCUUUUGGGGAAGGGGAAGAAGGCUUUUGGUAAGAUUUUCAAGUAGAUAUGGAAGGGAAUGCUGUGGAUGAGAAACUACACUACCGGUAAGGUAAUGCGCCACGGAAUUGCUCUGUAGACCCAUAAGAUCUGCGCAAGUGGAAGGAUACGGGGACAACGAGAACAGGAGACAAAAGGCCUCCCCUUGACCUAGCUAUAAACAUGCCUUUAGUAGCCCGCAAACCCAUCAUGGGAACCCCUAGGCGUUGAGGCUUCAUUCUCCUCUGGAAGCGAGUCUAUCUCUACUUGCAACGCGCUUUCAGGCCAAACUUUCUGCGCCAUGGCGUGUUCAGCAACGUUUCGGAAGAAAGCAUACCACGAUUCGCCUGACAGCUCGGUCAGACACCAUUCAUGGAUACGGAAAGCCUUGAUUAAGGAAGUGUUGAACUCAUGAAGAACAUAUUUACGGAGUACAGACUUUUCGUAUACAUCGUAACAGGAACGCUGACUGGUGC